AGAACAGGGCAGGACGGGGCUGGGGGGAGCUGGGACAGGCAGGACCCGCAGCUGGGGACACACACAGGGCUCCGUGCUCCUUCACAGGAACGCGCACAGCACACGGCCCUUCCCUGCACGAACACAGCGCCCAUGCGGGAGGAGAGGGGCCGCUCACAGCCCCUCCUGCGGGCAGCGAGCAGCGCAGGGGCAGCGCUGUGCGGUGCCACUCGCCUCCUUUUGUCCCCUUUUGGGGCUCGGCGACAAUCGGAGGUGCCCGCGCUGGCAGCGAUGCGGGGCCCGGCGGGCACCCAGCGCCCACCGCGCAAGCCGGCGGCGCUGCAGCAUCUCUGGCUGCUCCUGCCCUCCUCCUGCCGCUCUCCUCCUCGUCCCUCCUUCCCCCGGAAAGCAGCCCGGCCCACCGCCGCCGGAACAAAAGGGGCGGCCGAAGGUGGCGGCGCGGCCGCGCCCGCUGCUCCCGCCGCUCCGCCACCAUGUCCGCCAGCGGCGGCAGCUCCCCCGGCAAUGCCGUGAAGAAGCGGAGCCCCGCCGGCUCGGCCGCCUCGCUGGCGCAGGAGGACGAGAAGCAGGCGAUGGAGAAGAUGCUGGAAGGAGCGCAGGAGAACGGCUGUGCCCGCUCGCCCUCGCCAUGCGGCUCGGCGGAGGGGGUGACCCUGCAGCGGAACAUCACCCUGCUCAACGGCGUGGCCAUCAUCGUGGGCACCAUCAUCGGCUCCGGCAUCUUCGUCACCCCCACGGGCGUGCUGAGAGAGGCCGGCUCGCCGGGGCUGUCGCUCGUGGUGUGGGCCGUGUGCGGAGCCUUCUCCAUCGUGGGCGCGCUGUGCUACGCCGAGCUCGGCACCACCAUCACCAAGUCCGGCGGGGACUACGCCUACAUGCUGGAGGUGUACGGCUCCCUGCCCGCCUUCCUCAAGCUCUGGAUAGAGCUGCUCAUCAUCCGGCCCUCCUCGCAGUACAUCGUGGCUCUGGUGUUCGCCACCUACCUGCUCAAGCCCAUCUUCCCCACCUGCCCCGUGCCCGACGAGGCUGCCAAGCUGGUGGCCUGUCUGUGUGUCCUGCUGCUCACAGCUGUGAACUGCUACAGUGUCAAAGCUGCCACCCGUGUGCAGGACGCCUUUGCUGCGGCCAAGCUGCUGGCGCUGGCUCUCAUCAUCAUCCUGGGCUUCGUGCAGCUGGGAAAAGGUGAUGUGGAAAACCUGACCCCUGAGAAAUCCUUUGAGGGCACCAACACGGGCGUGGGGAACAUCGUGCUGGCUCUGUACAGCGGCCUCUUUGCCUAUGGAGGAUGGAAUUACUUGAAUUUUGUCACAGAAGAGAUGAUCAAUCCCUACAGAAACCUGCCCCUGGCUAUCAUCAUCUCCCUGCCUGUCGUCACCCUGGUGUAUGUGCUGACCAACCUGGCUUACUUCACCACGCUGAGCACCGAGCAGAUGCUGACGUCCGAGGCCGUGGCCGUGGAUUUUGGGAACUACCACCUCGGUGUCAUGUCCUGGAUCAUCCCUGUCUUUGUUGGGCUCUCGUGCUUUGGGUCUGUCAAUGGAUCUCUUUUCACUUCUUCCCGGCUGUUCUUCGUGGGAUCCCGAGAGGGGCACCUGCCUUCCAUCCUGUCCAUGAUCCACCCCCGGCUGCUCACCCCCGUCCCGUCCCUGGUGUUCACGUGUGUCAUGACCCUGCUCUAUGCCUUCUCCAACAACAUCUUCUCAGUCAUCAACUUCUUCAGCUUCUUCAACUGGCUGUGUGUGGCCCUGGCCAUCAUCGGGAUGAUGUGGCUGCGCUACAAGAAGCCGGAGCUGGAGAGGCCCAUCAAGGUGAACAUCUGCCUGCCCAUCUUCUUCAUCCUGGCCUGCCUGUUCCUCAUCGCUGUUUCCUUCUGGAUGACGCCCAAGGAAUGCGGGAUCGGCUUUGCCAUCAUCCUCAGUGGGAUCCCCAUUUACUUCUUCGGGGUCUGGUGGCAGAACAAGCCCAAGUGGGUUCUCCAAGGCAUCUUCUCCGCCACCGUCCUGUGCCAGAAGCUGAUGGAAGUGGUUCCUCAGGAAUCGUAGGCAGGAGGAGCAGGGACACUGAGCUCGAGGAAACGCACAAGGUUAUUGGAGAUGACACAAGGAUCCCCUCCCUCCCAAAGGCACCGGCGCUGCCUCCCGCUGCCAGCACAGCUCUGCUCACCUCCUGCAGCCCCUGCAGCCCCCCAGCCCCCAGAGCAGCCAGAAGAAGUCCUUGGUACGAGCCAGGAGGAGGAAUUCCAAAGGGCAGCUCCAGAGGGGCGCUGCCUGUGCCCUGCGUGUGUGUGAGGGCUGUGCUUGGCUCUGGGGCUCCUCGGCUUUGGCUCUGGGCUCUGCUGGAGCCUGGUUUGAGUGUUCGGAGUGCCUGGGGGGGCUGGGGCUGCCUCAGAGCCCUGGGGGGGUCCUGGGCUGCCUUACCUGGCCCAGGUGGGGGUGGGAAGCAGAGAUUGGCUGACGUUGGCUCAGUUCACCCCCCAUGGCAGUGGGGACAAGGCAGAGCAGGGUCAGGGACACUCUGAGUGUCCCUGUGCUCCUCACUUGGGCCCUGCCACCCUUUGUGUUUGGAUCAGCACUCUCAGACCCCAGGCAGCUCCUGCUGCUGAGCCCUCCAGGAUGCUGUUCCACAGUGCCCAUCCCUGGGAAUGAGCACUGAGGGGCAGUUCCUGCUGAGGAGCAGGAGGCCAAGUCCUUGGCUUGCUCAUUCCAUGCUUUUCUGUGCCAGGCUUUCCUCCAGCAUGGGAUGAGCAGCUCCGUGCUCUCUCUCCUCAUGGCCCUGCUCAGGGAGCCACGUUUGCCCCUAAACCAUCUGCAGAGACAAAUCAAGGGUGGGCAUUGCCCUGGCACAUUCCCUGGGGUCUCUCCUGGCGCUGCUCCCUCUGUCCUGCUGUGUUUCCUCUGGAAUGUGCCACGGAGAUGGGAACACCUGGGUCUGGGCUGUGGAGAAGGGCACAGGAGCCACCUCGGGCUGCUGGAGAACAUGGAAUGGUUGGGUGGGAAGGGACCUUAAAGCUCAUCCAGUGCCACCCCUGCCAUGGCAGGGACACCUUCCACUAUUCCAGCCUGGCCUUGGACAGUGCCAGGGAUCCAGGGGCAGCCACAGCUGCUCUGGGCACUCUGUGCCAGGGCCUGCCCACCUCUGAGUAAUGGCAGUGAGUUCUGCCCUAGGGAGAAGGGCCUGGGCCUGACCCUCCUUCGUGCAGCAGGUCUGGCUUGGUGAGGUCCCAGCACCACCCCCUGUUCCAGGAGCAAUCCCUGAGCACAAUCUGUGAUCUGCAUGUGAAACCCUGCUCUGCUCUCGUGGUGGUGCCAUCCCAUCCCUGAGCACACCCAACUCCUGUAGCUCCCCAGCAGGCAGCACUGCCCCUUAGGGACACGUUGCUUUCCGUGUCCAGAGUGUCCCUUUUGGAAAGCUGCAGUUCCUGAACCGUUUGCUCAUUGUGCCUCUGUGCUCUGACAUCGCUUGGAAUUCCGAUCUUUCCCCCACUGGAGCUGCUUUGCUGUCUGUGUUGCAGAUCUUUGUGCUCGUGCUUUGUGCAGGUGAACUAUUGGUGAACUAUUUCCCAUUUUUUUGUGAACUUGGCUGUUGGGAAGCCGGGGUGCUCCGGGAGCUGUGGCUUCCCGCUGGAUUCUCCUUGUAGCAGAGUUCUUUGGGACGAAGGGGCAUUGAGGACACCAAGGGACUCGCUCAGGCUUUGUCCUGUGCAGGUUGUGUUGGGGCAGGGCCAGCUCCUGCCCAGCUGUGUGGCCGUGUCCAGGUGCAGCUCCACACUCCCACUGUGCCAGCCCCGUGUCCUGCUCCGAGGCAGGAACAGGGAGACAAUCAGCUCUUUAUUCCAUAGCAGCUGGUGUGGGGAUUCCUGAAUCAGCUCAGUGACAGCGUGGAGAUUCCUAAAUCAGCUCAGGUGACAGCGUGGAGAUUCCCAGUCCAGCUCAGUGACAGCGUGGAGAUUCCCAAUCCAGCUCAGGUGACAGUGUGGCAAUUCCCAAUCCAGCUCUCUGGGAGCUGAGUUAAUCCAUGAGGAUUUGCAGCUGGUUUGGGAAUAUCCAGAGGGCAGAACCCAAGGGUUUUGGCCGGUGCAAUGAGUUGGAGCAUCUCGGAUCCGAUGCCUGUGGAGAGGCUUUGGCAUAAAUCAGGUCAUGAGUCACAAAACCUGAACUCGAGUUUUGGCUUUUUCCAGCGGAAGGCUGAGAUGGUUUGGAGCAGUGCUGGGAAAUCGCGGCUCCUGCUGGACCUUGUUCCAUGGAGAGGAGCCCUCAGUCUGUCACCUGUCACCUGCAGGAUUUUGGGCUGUGAGGUCUCAGGGCAGCUCCUGCAGGGCCUGGGUUCAGCCUGGGGGCUCUCAGUGCCAAAACCCACCAGCAGAAUUCCUUGGGAUGCAAAGCAAAGGCCUUGGAAUCUCCCACUCAACCCAAAGUCAGCUGGCACCAAGGGCCCUCCACAGAGCUCAGGACUGGGGCCAGACCUCCCAAGGCUGGCGUGGACACAUUGUCCACCAGGUGAUGGACACAUGGACCAUCACAGUGUCCCUCUGGUGACCCUUCCACACUGGUUUGAAAGAGGAGCUCUCAAAAAAAAAAAAAAAAUUAAGCAAUCAACUGAUUUUAAUUAAAUCUUGAACUCGCUUGCUUUGCUUUUGCUGGAUUUCCAUGAUUUCUCACUUGCUGCUGAAGAUCUGUCUCGUACUAACCUGAGCCUCUGGCACUGAUCCCACAUUCGUGGGGAUCUCAUCAGCAUCUCCUUGGCAAUAGAAAUUUAGGAAGAAACUGAACCAGGUACCAGCACAGAGCCACAAAAGGCUGAAUUUGCUCAGCCACAGCUCACAUCUCACAUCUCAAGGUUUAGCUGCCUAAAAGCUGAUUUCUUUCACCCUGGAGUCAUUGAUCCCCCAGCUGCCCUCCACCAGGGCUUGGUGACACAGCUGGAAGAGCUUGGCUUGGUUUCUCCUGGAGGUUUGGGAGAUAACGAGGGAAAGGGUAAAACAAUUUCAUUCUAGAAAGAAAAGACAAGAAGUAAUUUCUCCAGUCAUGGAAAUGGCUGCCACAGCCUCGGCUCUCCAGCCUGGCAGCUCUUCCCUUGCAUCAGCAGCAUCUGCCCUCGGCUGCCCUGUUCUGAUGGAUUUGGGUAUGGAAAAGGGAGAAUUCAUCCCUGGGAGAGAUUUCCUUUCCUCAGACACGGAGUGAGAUGUGUCAGGGAGGGCAGGGGAGCGAGAGAGUUCCCAGUUUCCCAUCGCUCCCAGCACUGGAGGUGGGGUUUUUCCAGUUGUUUCUCUGUUGUGCUCUUUGGAGCCUGUGGUCAGUCAUGGAGGGAGAUGAACCCUCCCCACGAGGACGCUGUGGUCAGCACAGUGACCUACACGAGGAUCCACAGGAAUCUCUUCCAUUGAUUCCAUCCCCUGCAAGCACAGCUGGAGCCCUUUUGUCCAUGGAAUUCAGGUUGGAAAAGACCUUGAAGGUCACGGAGCCCAGCCACAUCCGUGCUCCCUGCACUGACCCCAGCUCCGACUGCUGCUCCUCUCAGUUGUUGUUGAGUUCAGGCUCCCAGGCUGGCAGUUGUUUGGGGUGUUCACGGAAUUGCAUCCCGCAGGGAUUGCUAAACACAGCAGGAGCUGCUGGCCAGGCACUUCCGUGCCCAUCGGUUCCUCUUUCUGAAGAAACCCUUCCUCCAGCUGGGAGGGGAACCAGCCCUGCUCAGCCCUGCAAAAACCAGGGGCAUUUAUGUCAUCCUGCGGGGUUUUUAAUGAUAUUUUUUUAAAUUUCCUGCAGAAAUUGCAGUGUUUUCCAUCUCAGACACCGUGUUCUGGUAAACAGGCUUUUGUUUGGAACAGCCCCCUCGGUGACCACGGAGUUCAAAGGGACUCUGGCACAGUUGAACAAACUUUAAAGGCCCUUGAGCUGGACUGAGACUCCUGGGACGUGGCUUUGUUGUUGUCCAAGUCCUCUCCCAGUGGGUGGCUCAGGCAAGGGAAUGAAUUGGGCUCCUGCAGGGGCUGCUCCGUGGUGGGUCUGGGCAGGGGCAGUGGGGCUGUUCCUGGAGCUGGAGGGAUAUUCCAGAGGCAGAGUCCUGCUCUGGCUGCAGGGAAUCCAGGGAAUGUUCCCCUCAGUCUGGGAAGGGACCUGUGCCUUCAGCCGAGGCCACGGUGCUCUCGGGCUUUAAUAGAAAUAAAAUUCCAAAACGAGUCCAGGAGGGAACUGCCAAACCUUCCACACGGCUCCGGCUGCCUGGGGCUGUUCCCGUGGGAUGCCAGCAUCUCCUCCACCCACUCCUGACAUGAAAUUGGGAAAGGGCUGGAACAGAGCACUCCUGGAGUUUGGGAAAGGGCAGCCCCAGGGCGAGGCGGCUCCAGGCUGGUGCCGAGCUCUGGCUGUGACCCCAGGGAUUGAAUCCCGGCCUUGUGCCUGCCCUGGGAGCAUCCCAAACUCUGGGAUGAACCAGAGCCAGCCACGCUGGGCUGCCAAGCAGGGACAUCCCUGCAGGGCUGGGAAUCUGCUCCUUUAUCCCUGCAGGGCUGGGAAUCUGCUCCUUUAUCCCUGCAGGGAUGGGAAUCUGCUCCUUUAUCCCUGCAGGGAUAGGAAUCUGCUCCUUUAUCCCUGCAGGGAUGGGAAUCUGCUCCUCAUCCCUGCAGGGCUGGGAAUCUGCUCCUCAUCCCUGCAGGGAUGGGAAUCUGCUCCUUUAUCCCUGCAGGGAUGGGAAUCUGCUCCUCAUCCCUGCAGGAAUGGGAAUCUGCUCCUUUAUCCCUGCAGGGAUGGGAAUCUGCUCCUUUAUCCCUGCAGGAAUGGGAAUCUGCUCCUUGUCCCUGCAGGGAUGGGAAUCUGCUCCUCAUCCCUGCAGGGAUGGGAAUCUGCUCCUUUAUCCCUGCAGGGAUGGGAAUCUGUUCCUCAUCCCUGCAGGGAUGGGAAUCUGCUCCUCAUCCCUGCAGGGCUGGGAAUCUGCUCCUCAUCCCUGCAGGGAUGGGAAUCUGCUCCUUUAUCUGCAGGGAUGGGAAUCUGCUCCUUUAUCCCUGCAGGGAUGGGAAUCUGUUCCUCAUCCCUGCAGGGCUGGGAAUCUGCUCCUCAUCCCUGCAGGGCUGGGAAUCUGCUCCUCAUCCCUGCAGGGCUGGGAAUCUGCUCCUCAUCCCUGCAGGGAUGGGAAUCUGCUCCUUUAUCCCUGCAGGGAUGGGAAUCUGCUCCUUUAUCCCUGCAGGGAUGGGAAUCUGCUCCUCAUCCCUGCAGGGAUGGGAAUCUGCUCCUUUAUCCCUGCAGGGAUGGGAAUCUGCUCCUCAUCCCUGCAGGGAUGAGAAUCUGCUCCUUUAUCCCUGCAGGGAUGGGAAUCUGCUCCUUUAUCCCUGCAGGGAUGGGAAUCUGCUCCUUUAUCCCUGCAGGGAUGGGAAUCUGCUCCUCAUCCCUGCAGGGCUGGGAAUCUGCUCCUUUAUCUGCAGGGAUGGGAAUCUGCUCCUUUAUCCCUGCAGGAAUGGGAAUCUGCUCCUUGUCCCUGCAGGGAUGGGAAUCUGCUCCUUUAUCCCUGCAGGGAUGGGAAUCUGCUCCUUUAUCUGCAGGGAUGGGAAUCUGCUCCUCAUCCCUGCAGGGAUGGGAAUCUGCUCCUUUAUCUGCAGGGAUGGGAAUCUGCUCCUUUAUCUGCAGGGAUGGGAAUCUGCUCCUUUAUCCCUGCAGGGAUGGGAAUCUGCUCCUCAUCCCUGCAGGGAUGGGAAUCUGCUCCUUGUCCCUGCAGGGAUGGGAAUCUGCUCCUCAUCCCUGCAGGGAUGGGAAUCUGCUCCUCAUCCCUGCAGGGAUGGGAAUCUGCUCCCUGAACCCUGCAGGGAUGGGAAUCUGCUCCUUUAUCCCUGCAGGGAUGGGAAUCUGCUCCUCAUCCCUGCCAGGACAUCCCAGGAGUUACACCCAGGAUUGUGCUGGGUUUUACUGGGCUCGAGUUCUUCCCAGCUGGAGCUGGAGCUGGAGCUGGCUUGGGAAUGUGUAGGGGAUGCUGCUGGUGCAGCCAAGAGCUGCCAAGAGUUUGAUGUAGGGGUAGGAAACGCAGCUCGGGGUCGGUGAUCCCAAAGGAUCCCAUAUCCAGAGGAUUAUUCCAUGCUUUUCCCCCCCAUUCCUUGCCUGAGAAGGGGUGUGGCUUCCUCCAGCUGUGGAAGUGGUAAGGAGUAAAAAUAAAAAGUAUUUUUUUAAACACUGAAUUAAUUUCUAAACUGCCUAAAAGAGACUUUAUGCCUCCACCUGAGUUCUUCCCGAGGGCUGGCGUUCAUCCUGGCAGGGGGAUCUCCCCCGGCCCAGGGUGGGAUCAACGCCAGACCCAGGGAAAACGUUCCUGGUUUGUUCAGAGGAUGGGGAGAGGUCCAUGUCCCACCAAAAUCCUUGGAGAGGGAGGACUUUGAGUGGUUCCCAGACCUCGCUCCCGCCCUCGGAUCAAAGGGAGGGUGAGCUUCACUCCUGGUGAAGAAUCCGACUUCUCAGAGACUUUGCUUUGUAUUUUUGUUGGUUUUUUUGUAAACACACACACAAAAAAAAGGCUCUUAACACACACAAGAAAACCUAGACCUGAUUUACGAUUUUGUUACAUUUGGUUGCUUUAAAAAAGCUGUUUUACUAAUUUAAAUAUUGCUGUAGAUGACACUCUAUUUAUUUGAAAGGGGUAAUUCUUUAAUUUUAGUCUUAAUUCUCUUCAGUAAGCGCUGUGUAUUCCCAACGUUUGUGUUCCUGGCAGCGCAGCAAUUCCACUGAGGGCUGGGCAGCCAGCAGCUCCUGAAUCCAAUGGCCUUGGACAACAAGAUGUCUCUUGCAAUGUUUUAAUUUUUGUUUUGUUUUGUAGUAUUUCUUGAUUCUUUUAUGUCUGUGGUUUAACAAAUCCGUUCAAUGUUCGGGUUGUUCUGUUUUGGGUUGUUUCGUUUCGUUUUGUUUUUUUAACAAAGAAAGCUGAAUUACAACA